CCUGGCUUCGCCUCUGAACAAACGAGUGUUCCAAACCUGGAGGUAAUAUUACUUCUUCCUGCACCAUGUUGAUAUUAACUUAACUUUCUGUCCGAUCGUUUAAAACUUCUCUAUUUACGACGAAAACUGAAGGAAAAUUCUCUUAAAGAGUUAACCUUUUGCACGCAAAGUCGCAACGCCAAUAACAACUUUGAGGUUAGCUUCAACUCGUCAUCCGCGUCUGUUAUUUUGGUAAUAUACAGAUCACGUGAUCGCCUACGUCACGACGCGUAAGCAGGUAGCGGGCUUUUCAAGUAUCCAAAACUAAGUAAAUACUUGCACAAGCAUAUUCAAGCGAACACAAACACUGAUUUUAACAAAAAACUAUAGAGAAUCAGGUCGUAGCUUCAACAGCACCGUGCGUUGUAAGUACAAGCGUCGCUCGACCUCAACCGACCGCUGUUGAACGAAAUUGAACGAACCUAAUGCUCCACCCCCAGUCCUCCACACACUUAAUGGCACUUUCUCAGAACCUGAAGAUGCCGGGGAAAAUUACCUGAAAAAUGUCUAGGAAAUCAGGUACAAGCUUGUUCGGUUUGUAUAAUUAUCUUGAUUAAAAAAAUACUUUUUUAAUUGUUUUUUCUAUUUACAAAAAAAAAACAAGUGCACACAUCUAUCAGUUAAAUUAAUGUAAACCUAUGUAAAUCUACCUGUCCACUAUUAUCGCGUCAUCGGAGAAACGGCGCACGCGUAUUUCGCAUUUUGCGAACCUAUGUAUAUACCUGUGUAUAUAUACCUAUAGUUUUUUCGGAGUUGCGGAAAACGGGGUUUCAGCGCGCGGAGGUGGAUAUAUAGCGAAUAAUGUUUUCACUCACUUCGCAGUGAGAGCGAGAAGCCGAAAGAAUAGCGAUGUUUCAUUAAUUAUGAAUCGACUGGCUUGACUUUGGAUUUUCGCACCCGGCAAAACCUCAAAGCAAGCAGCAGACAAAUACGACAAUACACACGGUUUUUACAUUGGAUUGUUAUACAUAAACAUACAAGAUGGUUGUGGGAGUCUUUCCUGCCCUCAAAUUGGGGGUACUUUUUAUCAAACAAAUUAGCAAGCCACUCAGCAAGAUCAUAGUCAACCAAGCAAAGAAUCACCCAGUUUUCAGAACUUACUUCAUCAUACCACCUGCUCAGUUUUAUCAUUGGGCAGAAGUCAAGGCAAAGAUGUAUCUUAUGAAUUUAGGAAAACCCACCAAAGUCGCCAAACUCAAUGAACAGAUGGCCAUUGAGCUGGGCGCUAGUUUAAUGGGUGAAGUCAUAAUCUUUGGAGUAGCUGGGGGUUGCUUGGUGCUAGAGUAUAAUCGACAAGCGGCUAAAGAAGCCAAAAAAGAAGAAAUAAGACUCAUGCAAUUACAGAAAUUUACUGAUGAUAUACAAGCUCUAAAUAACAUGACCAAGAAGCAAGAGGCAGAAAUGGAAUAUCUUCGUCAAUCUCUCGAAGAGCUGGCAAAGAAAACAAAAACAAAAUUGCCUGAAAAGAAGACAGAACCCAGUGAAAAACCACCAAGUGAAGAAGACAAGCAGAAUGUGAUCAAUCGUGCUAUAACUUACUAUGAAACCGAAGUUAAGAAAAAGGAAAAACCAAGUUAAUCAGAGAUAUAUUUGAAGGCAAGUGACUUUUUCAUUGGAAGGAGCCAACGAUUUUGAAUUAUGUUAACUGAAAGCAGCAGUAUGACCUUACUGUUGCUGGAGUCAGUUUUUUUUUUAUAAUUAAUUAUUGUAUUUUAAAGUAACUAUACCUCAUUUAUCACUACGUUCACUUGUACAUAAAACUUGUUACAAUCUAAGCAUUAUAGAUAAUAUCCAGAGCGUUAGUGAUUGUAUGCAGAUAUAAUGUAUAUAUAUCAUCAUGGAAAUUUAUAAACUAUUCAAUCAAUUUUAGUUUAUCCUUUCCAUUUUUUGCUUCUUAUUUAAUUUUCAUAAAGCAUCAUGCUAGUCAAAAUCGAAUUUAUUAUGUUUGAAAUCAGGAUAUUAUACUUUUUACUUAAAUUAUUAUUUUUUACCGAAUUUUUUCGAUUUUUUCUAAUUUAUUCAUGUCACUUGCCUUUAAAACAACCAUAGGAUGUAAGACGACACGCGUUUUUUAGAUUUGAAUUGUUUGUUGCUAUUGAUCAUUGUUUUUACUUGCUGGCAAGUAUAAAAAGCUUGUGGUAUUGAUAAGCCUGUUUUACAGUAAAUUAAACAUGAGUAAAAAUACAAA